GGUAGGCAAGAAAACGAAAAUCGCAAGCCCAUGAAAAUGAUGAAGUAGGGAGAAGGUGUCCCUGUUUCGUGAGGCUAACUGGCACGUGCAUUGCCCGUGCCGCGAAACCGAUCCCCGCCUUUCGUUCCUCACUCUCAGUCCGAUGCCGAGCUCGUCAAAAGUGAGAGAUCCUCCCCGUCCAGCUUCCCACUCCAAGUAUCUCGCGCUCGCGCUCGCGCUUGCAGAGACUGAACUGGAAGGCGUGCGUUCUACAACCGCGCUCGCAGCUCGCGAAGGUCGCCGAGGACGAACCCUCAGCUCCGCCAUCAGCUAUGGCGGCCACCCUUUUCCUCUCUCCUCCCGCAUUCGCGACCAAGUCGUGCUUUCUCGCUUCCUCCUCCUCCUCCCCAAGCGCGACGGGUUCCUCCGGAGCAACGGCGGAGAAUCUCCCCACGAGAAGAAGCCCGGAUUUCUCCGUCGCGAUCGACCCCAUUUCGCGGCCGAACGGUCCGGUCAAGAUGCCCACGGCUCCGUGGAUGCGGGGCCCGCUUCUCGUCCCGCCCCACGAGGUCCUGGACCUCUCGAGGCCCCGGAGCGGCAAUAAAGGCUCGGAAUUUAGGAAACCCGAGAGGUCGGAUAGAGCUCUCGCCGACAGAGCGAGCGGCGUCAGAGGAAGCAAGGCGGUGCGGAAGAUUGUGCAGAGCAUUGAGAAGCUUGGAGGGAGGAGCGAGCCGGACAGAGCUGGGGACGAGUCGGGGGAGAUCGAAUUCGGGCUUUGUCUGGAGCCGUUGAAGGAGGAAGGAGUCAAGUCGGCUUCUGGAGGGAAAAUGCCGUGGGUGAGGGAAGGCGAGAAGGUGGUGUUCAGGAGGGCGAAGGCGGAGAAGAAGGCGGCGGAUGUGGCUGAACUGAGCCUCGAGAAGGAGUCGCUGGAGAGGCUGAGGAAGGAGGCUGCGAAGCUGAGGAAGUGGGUGAAGGUGAAGAAGAUUGGAGUGUCUCAGGCCGUUGUGGAUGAGAUAAAGUGGACUUGGAGGAGGAAUGAGCUCGCCAUGGUGAAAUUCGACGUCCCUCUGUGCCGCAACAUGGACAGAGCUCAAGAAAUCCUCGAGAUGAAGACUGGCGGCUUGGUUAUUUGGAGGAAAAAAGACGCUCUUGUUUUAUACAGGGGAAUCCACUAUCCCUAUAAAGUCUUUCAGGAGAAGGAGCGCAUCCCAGCUAAUGGUCAAGAAAGACUUUCCUUUGUCCGCAUGCAGUCUAACCCUAAACAUGUCAUAUCUAUAACACCGGUGAAAGAUAAUCAAGGUAUUCUGGAUGAGAAGAUGAAAGGAGAGGAUGGACAAAGGCAGUCUAGUGCCAUCUCAAUAGACUAUAAAGCAUGUUCUAAGUCAAUCAAUGGUUCACUGUAUGAGAGGGAAACUGAUAGAUUACUGGAUGGCUUGGGUCCUCGCUUUGUUGACUGGUGGAUGCACAAGCCAUUGCCCGUAGAUGCUGAUUUGCUUCCGGAAGUGGUACCUGGCUUCAGUCCCCCGCUAAGACUAUGUCCUCCAAAUGAACGGCCAAAGCUCACUGACGAUGAAUUGACGUUUUUAAGGAAGCUUGCUCACCCAUUACCAACUCAUUUUGUCCUUGGGAGAAACAGGAAAUUGCAAGGGUUAGCUGCUGCGAUUAUGAAACUAUGGGAGAAGAGUCUUAUAGCCAAGAUUGCGGUGAAGUGGGGUGUACCUAACACUAACAAUGAGCAAAUGGCAUAUGAGCUCAAGGGUCUCACUGGAGGAAUUCUGCUGCUACGAAACAAGUUUUACAUUAUACUAUAUAGAGGCAAGGACUUUCUUCCUCGAACACUUGCAAGUUCAAUAGUGAAGAGGGAAUCGGAGCGGAGAAAAUGCCAAGUUAUUGAGGAAGAUGCAAGAAUUAAGGCGUUUGAAAGAUUAGCUAUAGCAAAUGAGCCAUUGGCAAAGACUUGCUCCAUGGGAACACUAUCAGAAUUCCUAAAAAUCCAAACAGAUUUUCAGGAGCAGAUAAGAGGAGUGGGGGAGGUCAAUGUCAGAUUGGUGGCUGAAAUAGAAAGAUUAGAGAAGGAGCUGCGAAAUGAGGAGCGCAGGCUUUUCAUUCUUAAAAGUAAGAUGCGCAAAUCAGCAAAACAGCUGUCAAAGUUGAAUUCUGGAUGGAGACCUGCCACGGAGGACACAGACAAAGAGAUGAUGACAGAAGAGGAAAAAGAAUGUUUGAGAAAGAUAGGACUGAAAAUGGACGGAAGUUUAGUGCUCGGAAGGCGUGGUGUCUUUGAUGGUGUUAUCGAAGCAAUGCAUCAGCACUGGAAGCAUAGAGAAGUGGUCAAGGUCAUUUCUAUGCAGAGGGCGUAUCCACAGGUCAUCUGUACUGCAAAACUGCUCGAAGCAGAAACUGGUGGGAUUGUAGUUUCAGUUGACAAGCUGAAGGAUGGCCAUGGUAUAAUCAUAUACCGUGGCAAAAACUACAAACGUCCUGUAAGGUUGUCAACAGAGCAUCUACUAACAAAAAGAAAAGCACUUCUGCGAUCUCUUGAAAUGCAGCGAUUUGGUUCGCUGAAGUUUUUUACAAAUCAGAAGCAAAGGAAGGUCUCUGACUUGCAACUGAAACUGGCUGAACUAAAAGAUCAGCUGGGACAAUAAAGACAGAAUAUGAUGAAGUUUGUAAAUCAUCAUAGAAGGCAUUUCUGUGAUUUUCAGUGCACGAAAUGCGCAAUGAUUCCUUUGUGGCAUGAAAUGAAUUAUGAAGGUUCUCAUCCAUCACUUUGGAUUCCUUGUACAACCUGAUUGCUUGACUUCUUUUGAGUGGAAGUGGAACUGAGGACAGCAGAUUGCACAACUCCAUGGUGCCUGAUUUUUGUUACUUGGGACCUCCUACAGUAGAGGUCAUUAUAUCCAGGUGAGCAUGCAAUGACAAUGGUAUGGCUCUAACAUUUGCACUAACUUCCCAUCUUUUUAUUGGACAUGCCAUCUCAAGUGCACUUUUGGACUAAUCAAAAUCCGGAGGAAAUUUCUCUUUAGCCUCCUAAAUCAUGGCUGGUUUGGCACCUAACACGCUAAACUAGAGGGACAUUACCAUAUUCUGGUAGAUUCACCAUAAAGUGCCCGCAGCCCCUCCCCAGACAAUUCACAUUGCAACUUUUUGCUCUGAACUAUUAAUUUUAUAGCCUUUGCCCCUCGAACCCAUUAAGAAUUAAGGGAAAUUUCAGUGUAAUGAAUCUAAUACUUUACUUUAGUAAAGUGUCAUCUUUUCAAUUUCUUGGUUGAAAGUAAGAGAUGUUGUGCGGCGCUAGAUAUUCCUCAGUACAUUGUUUUGAGUCCAUGAAUGAUUCCUUCAUGGAACUUAGAAAAAAUCUAGUAAUGUUCGGUGAAGAAGCUGUCUGAACAGACUUUCUAAUGUUGGUUCUCUAAAAUUCUUGUUAUCUUGAUUCCAUUUGCUUUGAUAGGUCUAAUGACAUUUUAUCCUUGAAAUUUUUUUUUCUAUCUUGAAGUGUGGAUGGGGAAGCAAGUGUAAGUGACUGAAUAAAACUUAGAAUCCUAUUUACAACUACAUCUCAUUUCCCAAUUUCUUGUGCUAUGCUUUGCUCUAUGUUAAAUUGCAUUCAGAUCUAUGCACGGCUCCGGACUUCAGGAAUAUGAAGGGCGCGCUUUUUGGAUUAAUCACCCGGGUUGGACCAUUGGGUCUACCAGUAUAGUGGAGCCUCUGAGCCUAGUGCUUCAUUUGCCAGCAAAUCUAGUAGAAGUCAUUCACUCCCACUAACAUAAGGGCGGUGGGAAGGUUGUGAUCAAAUGGCAUUGAACGCUUCAGGUUUAUCUUUGAUUUACCCUUUUAACCAUUCACAAUACAGACACAUACUGGUGCUUAUUAUAUCUCCCACAACCACUAGAAUCUCUCUUUUCUCUGUUCUUUUUCCUUCUUGGUGAUUGUGGCAUUGCUAAGUGAACUUGCUAUCAAUGACUAGACAUCCUAAUGUCAGUCAAGCUGUAUAAACCGAGUUAUUCAAAUGGAAUUACUAGCUUUCUCUAAA